UAAAACCAUAUACUUAUUAGCUGAUUAAAUGCUGCAGUCAAGCUGAAGGAAUUUCACAAUUACAAACAAGAACGGCCUCAUCAGUUUACAAAUAAAACGUUUCAGCAUUAAUAACUCUAGUACUAUAAAUUCUCAUCCAUCUCCUUCCAGGCGAUCCACUGGCACCCCUCCAAGUCCAAUAUUCUAGAAAGCUUGCAGACUUUUCCUAGUCAAAUUCAGUAUGGUGGCGGUAUCGAGAAAGCCAUUGCCUAUGCUUUUAAAUUUAGCAUGCAUGACCGUGUUGGCAACAACAGGAAUGGCGCAACUGUUGCUGCCACCAUUUUCUUUUUCGCCAACGUCAGGUGUCCCAGGACUACCUUGGCAGCCUGGAGAAGUACAAAAAUGCUGGUCAUCUCUUACCAGCAUAGAGGGAUGUAUCAUGGAGGUUUAUACUUCACUCUUCCGUGGCCAAGUGGGCAUUAUUGGCCCUGCUUGUUGCCAGGCCAUUACUCAAAUUAAGGAUAAUUGUUGGCCUAAAAUGUUCCCCUUCAACCCUUUUUUCCCUCCACUGCUCAAGACUUCUUGUUCAGCUACACCACCUGCAGGAACUUUGUUGAAUGACAUCAGCAAGCUGUCUGCGACAGAGUUAUUACCAGUGCAGCCCGGAAACGAAGUUGCAGAAUGCUGGUCUUCUCUUACUAACAGUAAUGGCUGUUUGUUGCAGAUUUUUAAGUCACUUCCCAGUGGUCAAAUUGGUGCUAUUGGUCCUGCUUGUUGCAAGGCCAUCACAGAAAUCAAAGACAAUUGCUGGCCUAAGUUGUUCCCUUUUAACCCAUUCUUCCCUCCAUUGCUCAAGAACUUCUGUGCUCAGAUCGGUGGGCUUGCACCAGCACCUAAGUGAACUAAACAAGCUCAAUUGGUGAAGCCCUUACACAGAGCAAACCUGAACUGAAAAAAUUAGAUUGAGUUUUCUUCCAUCUUUAUAGAAUUACAUUGCUAGCAAUUGUCUGAGGGAGUGGUCCUGUUCAGAGAAAUUUUCUUUGGUAUUUAAGGUUCCACAAGGAAUAUAGUUAUUCUUGUGAUGUUUUAGGGUUGUCUUUUGAUUCUUAAUAAUAAAAGUUUCGAUUAAGAACAAAAUGCUCAUAAGGUCUUUCCUGCAUGUGCUUAAGUGUACGAAUGCUUGGAACAAAUUAAAAGAUGAACUCACCCGGUGAGCCGGUC